AUGUCAUUAACAACUUUACGUCAACAAUUACGACUCAUAAAGUGCGGCUUAAUAGUUGCUUUGUGUCUCGAGCAAAAGCCAGAAUUAUUUAUAAGCACCUCUAAAUUAAUUCAUCAAAACGCCGCAUCAGCAACGAUUUCCAAGGUGAAACGACAUUUAAAGGCAACAGCAGCAACAGCAUUAAUGACAAUGAUCUUGAAGUCAAUUGCAUCAUCAGAUAUCAUGAAUGAAAAGAUUCUUUAA